AUGAGCUCUUCUCAGCGUGGGGCCGGCGGAAACCCCCAUGGCUCCAAGCGGCCUCGUAUCGAGUGCCUCGUCGAAGACCCCGCGACUGGGCUCCACCGUCCGCGAGACUACAUGCAGUCUCUUGAAUCGCGAGUCGCCUAUCUAGAAUCCCUCCUCCAACAGGUCCGCCCAGAUGUCGCCGUGGACCACUAUCCCUACGUACCUAGCGACAACCCUCCCCCUCCGGCCACUAUUGCCGCAGGCCAACAUCAAAGAGCAGGCUCUCCGGAGCCGGAGCAAGAAGUCGACGGGCUUUCUAGUGACGUGGCCCUGCUCUGCCUCAGCGCCGCGGGCCGUGAACCUCACUACUUUGGCCCGUCCUCGGCCCUGUCCUUCUCCAGGAUUGUGAGUACGACCCUAAGGCUGACAAAGAGUGGGAAUGAAGGUAACGCCCGGCUUGGCGUCGCGAGAGAACGGUUAGACGGCCGGCGAAGUCCAACCGUCAGGUUUCCUCCACCCGAACUCGCCGAAGGGCUAGUCAAGGCCUACUUCAAUAAUAUACACCCGCAGUAUCCUUUCUUGCAUAGACCAACUUUCAAUCACUGGCAGAAGGAGUGCAUGGAGGCUCAGUUGCUUGGGGAGCUUGAUGAAUCACAACACAUGUCCAUGUUCUUCACUCUCAUGUCCUACUAUCACAUGGCAUUAAACUACAUCGCUCCGGUGCUCGACCUUGAAACAUUCGAAUCCGUCCAAGCCAUUCUUUGCUGUGCUGUCUAUUCCGUCCGCUCACCUGUCGGGGUCAGCCUUUGGAAGAUUUCGGGCAUGGCCAUUCGCCAGUGCAUCGAGCUCGGGUACCAUCGAAACGUAGCCAAGUUUCGUAGGCACGCCGACCCCCUGACUGCUGAGAUCUCCAAGCGUAUCUUCUGGGUUGCCUAUGAUCUUGACCGCGCGGCUGGGCUAAUCUUGGGCCGUCCAUUUGGUAUCACUGAUAGCUCGCUGGAUGUGGAGCUACCCCUGGAUGUAGAUGACGAGAGCAUCACCCGGGAUGGCAUUUUACAGAAUCCAAGAUCGGCCCCCGGCGACCCGCCAACGACGAUGACUGGCGCCUUGCAUAACAUCAGGUUGCGAAGGCUCUGGUCAAAGAUGGCCGAGUCUCUGUACCUGACGACAUCUCGUCACGAGGGAGGGGAGGCUGAUAUGCUCAUCGACAGGCUACGUCAGGAGCUCGAGGAUUGGCGACUCUCUAUCCCAGACCAGCUCAUCUUGUCAGCCGACCCCCUCUCUGUCUUCGCAUCACGAGACUGGUUCCAGCUUGCAUAUGAGCAUUCAAUCCUUCUCUUAUACCGCCAUUACAUUAUCGGCGAACAGCAGGUUGCUAUUCACGACCCCGCAGAGAGGCAGGAGAAGAUUGAUAGGAUAUUCGAGGAAUGCGCCAACUCAUCAAGGCAGAUGUGCAUGCGCUACCGCCGGCUCUACCAGAGCUCCUCUAUCCAGUUUACAUGGGGGUCACUGCAUAUUCUGUUCCUCGCCGGGCUCACAUACCUGUUCUGCCUCUGGAGGUGCCGAAGCGUACGAGCCAAGACCAGGCAGACCGACGUCAUGAACACUUGCAUGGCGUGCACCAUGGUGCUCACGAUUACGGCUGAGCGCUGGAGCUUUGCGACGCGAUACCGCGACAUCUUUGAGCUCCUGUCCGUCAAGACCAUCAGCAUGGUCUGUGGCGAGACUACAAUCACAUCUGGUGGGCUGCCCGGCGCUUCCCCCUUGUCGAAGCUGGCGCAGGUGAACGACCAGACGGGGUUCCAGGACUGGCUGACGGGCAUCAACGACUUCCCCGUACCCGAGGAUUCUGAGUGGCUCGUCGAAGAAUUGCUUCACGGUAUGAGGGAAUUUGAUCAGGAUGCUUUGAUGGGGAUGAACGGGGAUGGAGGUAUGCCGUUUCUAGGAAUACCUAACGAUGGGACCGGCCCCUUCAUGGAUCCGCAGACGGCGGAUGCUACAGGACAAAUGUUUCCCCCGGUGGCACAACAGCCCCCUGAACAUUUGCCGCCAGAUGUGCAUCGGCCAGGUGUGGAUGGCUGA